CAGUGCUGGACAGCAACAUAAUAACGAGUGCUGCAUCGAAUUCGGAGUGUAACUAAUAUAAUGUGCCAAUUUUUUUCCUAGCAUAAUGUUAAACAACGAAAACUGAGUGACGUGCAAGGUUGGCUAACUAAAUAAGGUUCAGCUUAAAGAGUUUAUUAAAGGUUUGUGUGUUUACUGAGCGUAAACAUCACUCAGGAGAAACAGCAAGGAAAUGGACUUGAACUGGUUUUUAUGAGUUAUCAUUUCGGUCUAGGGUUAUAUUCGGCACCUGUCAGAUACAUUACACGGCCCUUAUUCGAAUUAAUUAACUUUUUGAGAUGACUGCGCCGCGUUUGUCAAUUUGCAGCGUCACGUAACGGUCAAGAGCAGCUGCUAGCACAUUGCUAACCGUUUCCAGUUUAUUGAAAUAAAAUUAGCCCACUGUUUGAUUGCGAGCCAGAGGACUAACGUGGACUAACUGUGUCAUUACCUGGAGCAAGAGUGGUGCGAUGGACCAGCAGGAGGAGACAGAGUGGGAUGGUGUGAAUAAACUUCUCCAGCACCAUGGAUUCAAGCCAGUGUACUUUGCUGAUCCUGUUGAGAACAAGAACCUUUCAGAUUUGGUUCUUUUGGACAAGAGGUCAGCUGUUGAGAUCAGGACGACUCUGAGGACCAUGCUGACAGACUCUGAGCGGAGACAAGCGCUGAUUCAGGAGCUCAUUCAGUCAAACAACCAGCUCAAAGAGGAGGCUCAAGAGCACAUGAGUCGGGCGGCCUGUCAGUCUCAGAGGGCUACAGAGCUGGAGGAGCUGCUGGACGGGGUCAAAGCCAAAGUCCAGGACCUGGAGGACCGAUACCUCAGCAAGGCUGUCCAGCAGCGCAGCCAGACACAACAACUGCAGCAGGAAAAGCAGGAGGCACAGAAACGCUGCCAGGCCUUGGAGCAGAAGCUGUCUGAGCAGAGCGAGGCGGUGUCUCAGCUUCAGAGGAAGCUCUAUUUCACUGUCAAGGAAGAGGAGAGGCGAUUGGCUCGGCAGAGUCGGGCCAUCCUGCAGAUCUCCAAGAAAACAAGCCAGCAAAACACUCCAACAGACCAACAAGUGCUGGAUGUGAUUGACUUCUAUGAGACUCAGAUGAUGCAGCUGCUUGAUGAUCUACGGUCCCCCAAAGGAGAACCAGUUAGAUGUCGAGUUUCAAGCGUUAGAAAGGCAUAUGGUGAUGUAACUCCAUCCUUCAAAGCCAUUCUAAAGUAUUACCAGCAACAGCAGAUGGAGAGCAAAGCUCAAAAGGAAGAACUACAGAAGGAAAUUCAGCACUUGCAGCAGGAGCUUGAGACAAGGCCCACGGCUAAAGAACUCAGGUCCCACAAACACCAACACCUCUGUUUGGACAGAUUCAACAAACACAAAAAAACAAGGUUGCCUAAAGAAGAUAACAGAACUGAAAGACACAGCUGUGGAGCAGGAAACAUCAGUGAACAAAAUACAGCAUCCUUUUUAUGUGCUCAGUAUCACCAGUUACUGACUGAGAUCAGUGCUGUUGUGAGCAGUCCUAAGGCUCCGUUGCGGCUGCACAGACAGAAACCCACGAGCAUCAGUGUGGAGCUGGCUGACUUUCAGAGUGUCCUCCCCGUUCUGGAGGCCUGGGCUCAGCAGCUACAUUCACUCAGGGACCUGCACAAUGCUCUGAGGAAGCUGAGUGUCAGACUGAUGCCAUGGCAGCCAGAUGGAGGCCAUGAUGCUGCAGAGGCUGUGAAGGUGGAAGACAUGAUGCUACUAGUGGACACACUGCUGGAGGACACGUCCACUGACAGUGAAAAGGUGCUCAGAAGCCCCACCAGACACACUCUGGAGUCCAUGGUGUCCCACUUCCAGAAGUUGUUUGACGUGGCGUCCCUCAGCGGGGUCUACCCACGCAUGAAUGAGCUGUACACCCGGCUGGGCGAGAUGAGCAACACCAUGAGGAACCUUCGAGACAUUCUGCAGCUAGAUGACAAGGCUCCUGCUGCUGAGGUGGUCAACCAGGUGACCCAGCUGCUGUCCUCAGCUGAGGACGGUGUAGGACUGCAGCUGCACAGCCUGCUGGGAGAUGAAGACAUUGACAGUGUCAUUGUCAAGGUGAAGCAGCAUGAUGAAUUCUUCCCUGCUUUCCAUUCACUGGUUCUGGAACUGUUACAGACUCUGGGAGUCAGUCGUCUGGAUGACAUCGUUCCAGCUCUGAGCUCGCUCAAACUCAGAGCACAGUGAUGACGACAGUUCCAAGUUUAAUUGUGUGCUGUGUUUUUCCUUUUUAAUUCAACAAUUGUGGAGUGUUAUUUUUUGAUAUUUUAUGAAUAAGCUACAAAUGUCCAAAUAAAGCCACAAAAGAGAAUAAAGAACAAAGAGCAAAGGUUAA